AUGGAUCUUCUCCGUGGAUGUUUCGGUGAUAUUCAGUCUAAGGAGAAACAGUUGAAGGGCUUGGAAGAAUCUGUUAAACAGAGAUGUGAAGAGUUCAAUUCAAAGAGAAGAUGGAUUGAAGCGGGAUUAAAGAGGCUGGAUGAGAAAGAAGAGUUUCUUAAAGGGGCUUUUCAGAAAAUGGAAAUGGAGGAAAUGAAAUGUCGGGAAAUGAGAAUCUUUGAAACUGAUGGUCAUUUUGAAUUGGCGAAGAGGGAAAAAGUACUGGAUUUGAUUGAGGAAAAUUUGAGGAAAAGAAAAGGGGAGAUUGAUGCAAAACAGAAAAAUUUGGAUCUGAGGGAAGAGAAGGUGAAUGCAAUAGAACGGCUUCUUGAAACAAACAAAAAUGAAAUUGAAUCAGAAAAGAAGAGAUUGGAAGAAAGGUUGAACGAGCUUGACUCCAGAAAGAGAAAUUUAGUGGGAACAGAAGAAGAGCAGGACACCAGAAAGAUUGGUGAAGCUGGAAGAGAAACUGAGACUGAUUCCAAGCAGAAAAUGUUGGAGGAGAAGGAUUUUCAGGUUGAUUCAAGAGAGAGGCAUUCAGAGACGAUGGCCGGAAGGAAAAGGCUUAGUCAUGCUGAUGAAGAGAUAAAAUUGCAAGGAAGCAGCAGCAAGCAUGCUAAAGGAAGCUACUGUAAUGGUGAUAGCAUUAUUCGACAAAAUGGAGCUCACAGUCUCCAAAAAUCAGAUUCAAUAGGCAGUUUUGCGUCCUGUACUAUUGAUGGUCCAAGUUUUCCUGCUGUUGAGAAAGGAAAACAAGCAAAAACCUUCAACGUUGGAGAAACUUGGGCGUGCUUUGAUGCGAAAUAUCAUAUGCCAAGAUCGUACGCCCAGGUCAUGAACAUUAUCAAUGAAGAUGGACAAGUUAAGCUUGAGGUUACAUGGCUGAAACCUUGUUCGAGAAAGAAAGCCGAGAAGGAGUGGAUAGAUGCUGGUUUGCCAGCUACUUGUGGAAUGUUUGAACGUAAGAUCACAAGUGUUGAAUCUCCUAACAUUUUUUCUCAUAUAACUGCAUGCGUUCGAGAUGAUCCUUGCAUAAUAAUUCCCUUCCAAGGAGAAAUUUGGGCCAUCUAUACGGAUUGGGAUAUCACUAAAUGGAUUUCUGAUCCAGAAAUUCAUAAAAAUUGUGAGUAUGAAAUCGUUGAGAUUAUGCCAUAUUUAUCUUCAUCUUGGGGUAUUAGAGUUGCUUACUUAGACAGAAUCACAGAAUCCGUGAAUUCAUUUAAGCGUAGAAGCAAAAAUAACGAAGACUCAUCUCUCAUAGACCCGGAUAGCAUAUACAGAUUCUCGCAUAGGGUGCCCUCAAUGAAGAAGACCUAUAACGAUGAAAAUGGUAUUGUUGACUGUGUGUUUAAACUUGACCAGAAGUGCUUACCUCUUUGA